UGAGGCGGCUUUGCGCGGCGGUGCAGUCAGGGAGGGGGAGAAACCACUUUAUUGCUUGAGGAGGGGGGAGCCUCGGCUUCUCCCCCUCCUGCUCGGGGAGCCAUGGAGCUGCCAAUGCCCGGGCGCUGGGCUGGGAUGAGCUAGCUCGGGGCUCCCCAGCUGGAGCGUGCUUUCCCCUGGGGUCCCCCCUCCCGAUCCCCGGGGCUUGAUUUUCCCCACCCCCCCCUUUAUUUUCCUCGAUCGUUAACCCUUCAGCUCCCCCGUCCCCUCAACCCUUUCCCUUCGGAACUCCCUGCCUCUUGAUGGUUUGCUCGAAGCCUUUGGAAAGGGAGGGGAACGCCGUCUCCGUCGCUCCCCGUCUCUCCGUGCAGCCUCUCCCAGUCUCCCGCGACGGCUGAAGCCCUUUGCUUUAUUGCAGUAAAAAGGGAAGCAAGAAAAUCUGCUCUCUUCAUUCCCUCGGCUCCCCUGCGGCGGAUGAGGGAUGUUGCCGCCGCUUUGCCCUUCCUCCUCUUCGCGGAUCCUUCAGUGCAGCGGCGAAGACCAAAAGAGCCCCGGCUUCUGACCGCGAAGAUGUGGCAAAGCGUCGGCUUGACCCUGCUGGUGAUCGUGGCCACGCUGGUGUGCGUCUUGCUCUUCAUGCUUUGCGGUUGGUACGUGGUCUGGCAGCUGUUCUUAUCCAAAUUCAAGUUCUUGCGGGAGCUGAUAGGAGACACAGGAUCCCAGCAGGGAGAUAAUGAAAUUACAGAGCCAGAAAGUGAACAGGAUGGAUCAUCUGUUCUACAGAGGAGCAGGCAGAAGUCAGCACGACAGCGGAAGGCACCCGCAGAAGAAGCGACUUAAAGCAGCCCCUGGGACUGCUGGGCAAUUCUCAAGCGAAUGGCAAACACUGACGCGGUUUGGGUUGGUUCUGCUGAUAUAUGGAUGAAGAGUCCGAAAACAAUUCCUGUAACCCUAGGAAGUUAGUUGUACUCCGGUUUCGACAAGAUUUUAGCAGAAAGCCCGGUGAUGCUUAAAGACAAAGAAAUUAUUAGAAGGAAGGCAAUUCCUUCGUGUUCGGGGGUGGAGUUGGUAGCUGCUGUAACUCUUCCUGGAUGGCUUACCAGGCCUCACAUUUUGCACCCAUGAGAAUGUGAUGAACUUCCGAAGACGGAAAUGAUCACUGUCUGCUUUUACAGGCCUGCAGCUAUUUGCAGGCAGUCUUUAGUGUAAUUUGUUUAGAAGCUUUUAUGGAAAUAUAUGUAUUCCUCCAGCCUUAUCCGCGGAUGCAAGGAUCUUCUUCGUUGGAGAAUGGCUUUAAAAAGAGGGUACCCUCCCAGAAGACAACCAAUAUUAGGCUGACAUACAGGGAUUUAAUGACUGACUUAAUUGGGUACCAAGAGUUGGUAUUUUAGUUUCCGUGCACGACAGUUUUCAGGGUUGUUUUUGUUUUGUUUUUAACCAGUGCAGUUUUAUGUGUGUUUGUGUGUGUGUGUGGGUGCAUUCCAUCAACACCUUUUGUUUUGCCUACUGGAGAGGAGAGGAACAUCUGUUACAGGCCCUUAUACAAUGGUAUUUUUAAAGGCAUUAAACCUGUGACAGGGUGGCUUUAAAAUGAAUUUGUUUUUUUUGCAUUGUUUGCACCAAAAAUUAAGGGAAGCUGGUUACAAGUGUCCAGCAAAGCUCUGGGGAGACCUUUCAGGAUGGCCUCGCCAAUGAUGCAGCCGGGACCUUUGCAGCUGGCUUUCCUGGUUGAACUGUCAAUUUUGUCAAAUGCUUCUUCUUUGCCUUCUGGUGAACAUUGACCUAGACAUCAAGCACUACUGACAGGAGCUUCAGACUAGCUUGGGAACUGUAAUGGAAGACGCUGAUACUGACUUCAAACCGGGGAUGCUUCAUCAACAAUAAUGACGCUGGGACAAAUCACGCCUCACUUCUUGAAAAUCCAGACGCAUCUUGCUGUGUUGUGGUGACUUUUUUCCGGUUCAGCUCCCUGCUUUGCAAUCCGGCCCAGCAAAGGACUACAGCUAAGUGUCUUCAUGCUUCCUAGUGGCUAAAAGCGAGUCCUCGUGAUGGCAAAUGCUUUAGACUAGCUCUCUCGGCCUGCAGUUUUGAGUCUUACAGCCAGGUAAAGGGCCGUUUUUUGGUUCUUUGGUUUUUCUUUUGAUCUGUGGACAGUUUGGAACAUCUGGAACACGUGGGAUUUGAAGAUGACAGUAUUCACAUCCAUAACUAGCUCAUUCCCCCCCCCCCCUGAAGUUUUAGUGUUCG